AUGGCUAAGACUUACGAUUACCUUUUCAAAUUAUUACUAAUCGGGGACUCUGGGGUUGGCAAGACGUGUGUACUGUUUCGAUUUUCUGAAGAUGCUUUCAACUCCACUUUCAUAUCAACCAUCGGCAUUGAUUUCAAAAUCCGAACAAUAGAGCUAGAUGGUAAGAAGAUUAAACUACAAAUAUGGGACACAGCAGGGCAAGAAAGAUUUCGAACAAUAACAACUGCAUAUUACAGAGGAGCCAUGGGUAUAAUGCUAGUCUAUGACAUAACGAAUGAAAAAUCUUUUGCAAAUAUAAAAAACUGGAUAAGAAAUAUUGAGGAACAUGCAACGUCCGACGUAGAAAAGAUGAUACUCGCAAACAAAUGUGAUAUGGUCGAGAGGAGGCAGGUCACCAAAGAACAAGGACAGGCUUUGGCCUUGGAGAAUGGAGUCAAGUUCAUGGAGACCAGCGCCAAGGCUAGCAUAAAUGUAGAGGAGGCUUUUAUAACAUUAGCCAGGGAUAUAAAGAUUAAAAUGGAUAAGAAAUUGGUUUGUCGUUUCUAUCCUUUGAUGUGUAUAUAUAUAUAUAUAUAUAUUUACAAUAUUCUAUAA